CCACCUUUUAAACCUUGAUGGCCUUGUGACUAAAUCUUCCAUUUGAGUGGGAAGACAUCAGUUGUGCAAGAGAAGAGCAAUGUGUCACAAUGAUCGGAGGACUGGCUGCUUUGACUCUUCUAAGUUCAUUGUCUCUGAUUCAAACUGCAGAGGUUCUUCAGCAGAUUCCUCUGACUGUGGUCGUAGUUGGUGAUAAUUUGAAUCUGACAUGUCCACUUAUUAAGGAACACGCCGGGUUGAUAUACUGGUACAAACUGAAGUUUGGAUAUAUGGUCCAAACAGUUGCUGCGGGGACGUUUGACAAAAUAGCACUUAAAGGACAAUUUGACAACCCAAGAUUCAAAGUUUCAAAAAUAGGUGAUCUGUAUUCUCUUCGCAUAAGGAACAUAAGCAAAGAAGAUGAAGCAACAUACUUCUGUCAAGCAGGAUCAGCAUAUGUAAUGAACUUCACUACAGGCACAGUUUUGGCUGUGAAUGAUCCUAAAAAGCAGAUGCAUGUCUAUGUGAAACAAAGUCCGGAGACGGCAUCAGUCCAGCCGGGAGACCCAAUGACUCUCCAGUGUUCACUUCUCUACAAGAACAAAGAAACCAGAGUCCAGUGUCCAGGUGAACACAGUGUGCACUGGUUCAGAGCUGGAUUGGAAGGAUCAGGUUCUGGUGUCAUCUAUACGAACAGCAGUAGGGGAAAUGAACCAAAGAAGAGGAGCUGUGUCUACAGUUUGUCCAAAACUAUACAGGACUCCUCUGAUUCUGGGACUUACUACUGUGCUGUGGUAACAUGUGGACAAAUUCUGUUUGGUGAAGGAACUAAAGUGGAGACAAGACAAGAACUUUGCCCAUUGGUGAUUGUGCUCGGGACUCUGCUGCCCUGCUGUGCCAUUGCGAUUGCUGCUGUAAUUCUCUGCAGAAAGCAAAAGUCUGCUUGUGAACAUUGCAAGGGAGAAGUAUCUGCUUCUGGUCCUGCUGAAUAUGACAGAUCAGCUGUGGAUCAACCAAGUUUUGUGGAUGGAGAAGAAGGAGCGGUGAACUACGUAGCGCUGGAUUUCACUUCACGAAAAGCUAAAAGAUGGAAGAAUAACAGGGAGUUACCACAGGAAUGCAUGUACGCGAGCAUGAGAGAUGGUCAGUGAAGGGCUGUCCCCAUGAAGGAGAAACAACUGAUAUGUACAUCGUCACAUAAAUGUCUCCGGUUUAGGUGAAUAAAAUGAGAUGAGGGUAGUUAGAUUUUUGCUGUAAUGUUACUGUUAAUAGCAUUAUCAGAUAGAUUAGCUCAGGAUAGAGAGAGCGUUUAUGUUUUGAUGUAAGGGGACCAAGACCAUAUAUUUAUUAUUAUUUGUAUUAUUAAUCUAAUUAUGACUGGUUGAUUCUCAAUGAGUCCAGAAUCAGAACGGACCUUGGAGAAGCUGCCCUUGUUGUUAAUGCAGUGAUCUCUUGGAAUAAUCUUAAGUCGAUACUCUAAUACCUCUCUGUACCUUUAACACCAUUCUCAAUAACUGUUCUCUGCCUGUCUGUAAUUGCUUUUAUUAACGCUAUAUCUUGUUUUGCUAUCAGCUUGAUGUUUUACUCACUGUGUAUGUCUGCCAACUGACCAUGUAUAAAUAAAGGUUUAACCAAAAA